AUGUCAUCUAUUGAAGAAUCAGUUCGUCCUGUGUCAUUUAAACAUGGAGAGACAGAGAUUACUCUCCUUGUGCCAGACAACCUCGCUGGAUUUACUGAACAACUCAAAAAGGAUCUCUCUCUUGAAGACGCCAUCGAAAUAUCAAAUGAAAUUGACCUUAUGGCCGAAUUUUUAACAUUAGCUGCCAACCGUGCUAUCCAUGAGCCAGUUUAUUAUAAGAUCACUUCGCAUCUCUUCAACUACUUCUGCGAACAUUAUGUCAAAGAGGACAAUGUGCAUGCUAUCACUCGUGAUUUGACAAUUGAUUCGAGAAAGUCCAUCAUCAAAUCGUAUUAUUCAACACUUUCAUUACUGCAAACAAAAGGCAUGGAAGCACUUGAACAUAGAUCGACCAAAAAAUCAGCAUUGUACGAGGCAGCAAUAGCAGGGAAAGCUGAUUUGUUUGCUAUAUUCGGUGGACAGGGCAAUGUUGAAGAAUAUUUUGACGAACUAGUAGAGAUUUGGGACACAUAUAGGCCUAUUGUGAAGGACGUGGUAAAAAGAAUGUCAGCUGUCUUACACGAAGAAGCACGCACACUUGAGGCUAAAGAUGCCCACCCGAAAGGCUUUGACUUAUUACAGUGGUUGGAGAAUGCUGAAGUCAGGCCUGAUGUACAAUACCUUCUUUGUGCACCUGUCAGUUUGCCGUUGAUUGGACUGAUUCAACUCUUACAUUAUUAUAUUAUGACACGGGUCAUGGAUAUUGAUUUUGAUGAGCUCAGGAGCUUAUGGAAAGGUACAAGCGGUCAUAGUCAAGGCAUUAUUAGCUCUAUUGUUAUUUCUGCCUCAUGCUCCGAAAAGCAGUUUAUAGACAAUGUAGAGAAAGCUAUCCGUCUCCUCUUCUGGGUGGGCACCAGAGCACAACAAGAAUAUCCCAUUUUCACCUUGAGCCCAACCAUCAUUGAAGACUCUGCUAGCAAUAAUGAAGGCAAUCCUACACCUAUGCUUGUUGUCACAGGUCUGAAAGAAGAUCAAUUAAUCAAAUUCGUCAAUGAAACCAAUUCUCACUUAGAAACUGAUCGUCAAAUCGAAGUUGCUUUACGCAAUGGCCCUGUUUCUUUUGUCUGUACUGGCCCUCCUCAAUCUUUGUAUGGCUUAAAUCUUGGACUGCGUAAGAUCAAGGCCCCCUCUGGCCUUGAUCAAUCCCGCGUUCCUCACUCCCAGCGCAAGCUUAAAUUCUCUUCUCGCUUUUUGCCUAUCACUGCUCGAUUCCACAGUGUCUACUUAAAAUCAACUGUCAACAUUAUUAUGGAGGAUGUUCAAAAGAAUGGCUUGAUGUUUGACUCUGCUGAUUUGAAAAUCCCCGUUUUUUCUAUGAAUUCAGGAAAUGAUUUGAGGGGCAUCAGUAAUCUUACUAAAGAAUUAGUCGAGUUGAUCUGUGUACAACAUGUCGACUGGGAAAAAGCAAUUCCCAUAAAGAAUUUAACUCAUAUUGUCGAUUUCGGACCUGGUGGAGUUUCUGGCAUUGGAAGCUUAACACACCGCAAUAAAGAGGGUACAGGUGUACAAGUGGUAUUGGCAGGCGUUUUGGAAGGAGCCAAUGAUGAUUUAUCCUACAAAGCUGAUCUUUUCGAUACCAACGCUCAAUCGAUUAAAUAUUCACCUAACUGGGCCAACCUUUACCAACCUAAACUGGUCGAGACCAGCAGUGGCCGUAUCCAUAUCGAUACGAAGAUGUCUCGUUUGUUGGGCAAACCACCGCUCAUGGUAGCUGGUAUGACUCCUAGUACGGUAAAUGAAAAAUUUGUCUCUGCCGUUAUGAAUGCAGGCUAUCAUGUAGAACUUGCUGGUGGUGGACAUUUCAACGAAAAGGUUCUCCGUGACAAGGUGGAUAAGAUUAUGCAGCUAACACGCCCUGGAGAAGGUAUCACAUUAAACAUUAUCUUUUUGAACGUUCUUCAGUGGGGCUUCCAAUAUCCUCUUGUGCAGGUUAUGCGUAAAGAGGGCUUACCCAUGGAAGGCCUCUGUAUUGCUGCAGGUGUUCCCAGUAUUGAUAAUGCGAAUGAAAUUAUUGCUAACCUUCAGUCUGCUGGUAUUCGUCAUGUUGCGUUCAAGCCUGGUAGUAUCGAUGCUAUCCGCCAAGUGAUUGCUAUUGCAGUUGCCAAUCCCACGAUGCCAAUUAUGUUGCAGUGGACUGGUGGUCGUGCAGGUGGCCAUCAUGGUUUUGAAGAUUUCCAUCAACCUAUUCUCGAAACCUAUGCCGCUAUUCGUCGUCAAUCCAAUAUUAUCCUUGUUGGUGGUUCUGGUUUCGGUGGUGCUGAGGACACUUUACCUUACAUGAAUGGUGACUGGUCUGUAGCAUUUGGUUAUCCUCCUAUGCCUUUUGAUGGUAUUCUCUUUGGUUCACGUAUGAUGGUUGCUAAGGAAGGAUUAGCUUCUACCGCAGCUAAACAAGCCAUGGUGGAUGCCCCUGGUGUCUCUGAUAGCGAAUGGGAAAAAAGUUAUAAGGGGCCUGCUGGUGGUGUUAUUACCGUUCUUUCUGAAAUGGGCGAACCUAUUCAUAAAAUAGCUACUCGUGGCGUUAAAUUAUGGAAAGAGCUUGAUGACACCAUUUUCAGUUUACCCAAAGAAAAACGUCUACCUGCUUUACUGAAGAAGAAGGAUUACCUUAUCAGGCGAUUAAACAGUGAUUUUCAGAAAGUUUGGUUUGGUCAGAAAAAGACAGGAGAAGCAGCCGAUUUGGAAGAUAUGACAUAUUCAGAAGUAAUCCAUAGAUUGAUCAGCCUACUUUAUGUGAAACAAGAAUGCCGUUGGAUCGAUAUCACUCUAAGAGACUUGGUUGGCGAUUUCAUCUUGAGGGCUGAAGAGCGUUUCUGCAACAGUUCGAAACCGUCUAUCCUCCAAAACUACGAACAAUUAGACAAACCUAUGACAUUUGUGGAAAAAUUCACUGAAGAAUACCCAGAGAGUGAGGAUCAACUUCUCACGUCUGAAGAUGUUAUGUACUUCCUCUCAUUAUGUAAGCGUCCAAAUCAGAAGCCUGUACCUUUCAUUCCCAUCAUGGACAAUGAUUUUGAAGUAUGGUUCAAGAAGGACUCUUUGUGGCAGUCCGAAGAUCUUGCUGCUGUAGUUGACCAAGAUAUUCAACGUUGUUGCAUUCUUCACGGGCCUGUCGCUGCUAAGCAUGUCAAUGCCGUUGAUCAACCUGUUGGUGAAAUUUUGGAUGAUAUAUAUGAAAGCCAUAUUCAUAGCAUUAAGGAAAAGUUCUACAAGAAUAAGCCAAUUCCCAAAGCAGAGUAUCUUAGCUGUGUACCUAUCAAAGCAACAGCCAUUCAGCCCACAAUUUCAACGGAAACUGAAAGAGUUUAUGAUGUUCAAUCUGACGAUUUACCGUCUGAGGACGAAUGGAUAGAAGCCAUUGCUGGACCUCACUACAAUUGGUUGCGUGCUUUGUUAACCUCACCCUUCAUUGUACAGUACAAAAAGUUCUCGGACAAUAUUGUUAGACAUGUCUGUAGACCUCGACAUGGACAAAAAGUCAUUGUUUCAUCAUCAAAGUCGAAUGGUGAUAUUAUUUCUGUAGAUAUUCAAGAUAGACGUGCUUGGAGCAGCAACGGACCCAGCACACAGUAUGAAACAUCUAUCAAAAUCAUAGCCGAGGGUGACAGAAUCAGUAUGACUUUGCUCGAACAAUGCAAAGGCCAUACUCUACCCUUACGUUUUGAGUAUCUUUACAAGCCUGAGAUCGGUUAUGCACCCAUUCAUGAAAUUAUGGAUGGUAGAAAUCUACGAAUCAAACAGUUCUACUUUAAACUUUGGUACGGUUUUGAUAAUGAUGAAGACUUCAUCAAUAUGGAUGUUGAUAAGAAGAUUGUUUACAGAAACGAAGUGGUCAAAUAUGAAGAUAUUGCAGAAUUCUGCCGAGCGGUUGGAAAUCAAGCCGAACUUUAUGGACACCGCGACCAUGACAUUGUAAGAGCGCCAAUGGAUUUUGCAGUUGUUUUUGGUUGGAAGGCUAUCAUGAAGAGUCUUUUCCCUAGAAUUGCUGAGGGCGAUCUAUUAAAACUUGUUCAUUCUGGUUUUAAUUUCCGUAUGAUGGAAGGUGAAGAUCUCCUUAAAGUUGGUGAUGUUGUUGAUAUUGAAGCAAACAUCAUUGCUGUAGUGAAUACACAAUCUGGAAAACUCGUUAAAUCCAAGGGUAUGAUUAUUCGCGAUGGCAAACCUGUCAUGGAAAUUGCUAGUCAAUCCCUCUAUCGUGGCAAAUUCACUGAUUACGAGACAACUUUUGAGAAUAAGGCGGAAGCUCCGAUGGAAUAUCAUAUUCAAGGAAAGAAGGAAUUGGCCAUUCUCAAAUCCAAGGACUGGAUUCAUUGGACUGAUGCAGCUGAAAAGCAUAAUGUUGGUCCUGGAAAUUCUUUAAUUUUCCGUUUGGAAAGCAAACUCAAGUACAAGAAUAGCAAUAUGUACUCAUCUGUAAAGACAUUCGGCUCUGUCACAAUGCAAGUCUCCACCAAGGAAUUUGUUGAGGUGGCUCGUAUAGAAUACGAAUCCGGAGAAAGUUACGGUAAUCCAGUCAUUGAAUUCUUGAAACGUCAUGCGAAGGAAAUCGAACAGGCAAACUACUUUGCAAAUGGCGGCUAUUCCAUCACCCCUGAUCGCUCCAUUUAUCAGUCUGUCGUUCAUGCACCUGUUUCCAAUGAACCCUAUGCCAACAUCUCCAGAGACUUCAAUCCUAUCCAUGUUAACCCUUACUUUGCUGAUAUUGGCCGUUUCCCCAGCACAAUUACUCAUGGCAUGUGGACUAGUGCCGCUGCUCGUAAAUUCGUGGAAAUCUUUGCUGCUGAUAAUGUCCCUCGUCGUGUCGUAUCGUAUGAUGUCAAAUUUGUUGGUAUGGUCUUCCCUAACGAUACUCUUGAAACCAAACUAUCACAUAUUGGUAUGAAGAACGGCCGUAAAAUAAUCAAGGUAGAAACAAUAAAUCAGAGCGGUGAAAAGGUUCUCGAAGGUAUUUCUGAAGUCGAACAACCGAUCACUGCUUAUGUCUUUACUGGUCAAGGCUCCCAAGAAAAAGGGAUGGGUAUGGAAUUGUAUGAACGCUCUCCUAUCGCCAAAGCUAUUUGGGAUCAAGCUGAUGAACACUUUUUGGAGAAUUAUGGAUUCUCUAUUAUUGAUAUUGUAAAAAAUAAUCCUAAAGAAAAGGUCAUUUAUUUCGGUGGACCAAAGGGCGAAAAGGUGCGUCAGAAUUAUAUGAGCAUGGUUCACGAUGUCAUUGCAGAUGACGGUACAGUUCAAAGCAAGCGUUUGUUCCCUGAAAUCGAUGAAUACACACCAUUUUAUAAGUUUAUUUCCUCCAACGGUUUGCUCAAUUCCACCCAAUUUACUCAGCCUGCCUUGACAUUAAUGGAGACAGCUGCUUUUGAGGAUAUGCGUUCUAAAGAAUUGAUUCAAAAAGAUUGUGCCUUUGCCGGUCACUCUCUUGGCGAAUACUCUGCUUUAGCUGCUGUUGCGAAGAUUCUACCAAUCAAUACCUUGGUCGAUGUCGUCUUUUAUCGUGGUAUGGCUAUGCAAUCCGCAGUUAAACGAGAUGAGUUAAGUCGUUCUGAUUAUAGUAUGGUUGCUGUCAAUCCCUCUCGUGUGUCUAAGUCAUUUGAUGAUGCUACUCUCCGAUUUGUUGUAGACUGCAUUGCUAGCCGUAAUGGUGGCCUUUUGGAAAUUGUCAACUACAAUGUUGAAAACUGGCAAUACGUUGCAGCCGGAGAUCUUACAAACUUGGAUACUCUUGCAAAUGUAUUGAAUCAAAUCAGUAGCAGUAAGAUUGAUGUACAACAAAUGCUCAGCAUUGAACCUGCAGAAACAGUUAAGAAUAAGCUUAACAAUGUAAUUGAUACUGCUCUCCAAAAGACAAAGCUGAAGCAAACCGAUGGCUUCAUUCAUCUCGAACGUGGUAAAGCUACUAUCCCACUUUCUGGUAUUGAUGUUCCUUUCCACUCCAGGUUUUUAAUUAAUGGUGUCAAUCCUUAUCGUAAGAUCCUGCUUCAGAAGUUUGAUCCUUCCAAUAUUGACGUUUCUCAAUUGAAGUCAAAAUUCAUCCCAAAUCUGGUUGCUCAGCCAUUUGAUAUUAGUAAGGAAUACAUUGAAAAUGUCUACCGCUUAACUUCUAGCUCUCGCCUUGGUGACAUCCUUAAUAACUGGUCUGAGGAAAAGUACGCUACUCCUGUACAACAACAACAACUGGGCUAUAUACUUUUGAUUGAGUUACUUGCCUAUCAGUUCGCUUCACCAGUUCGUUGGAUUGAAACUCAAGAUAUCUUUUUCAAACAGUUCAAUAUUGAACGCUUGGUGGAAGUUGGUCCAGCUCCAGUCCUUAAGGGUAUGGCUAACCGUACCUUGGCUCUCAAAUAUCAAUCUUAUGACACUGCUCUAAAUUAUCAGCGCCAACUCCUUUGUACAUCAAAAGAUUCCAAGGAUAUUUACUACGACUUUGAAGACGUGGCUGAAAUGAAGGAUGAACCUUCUACUUCAGCGUCAACACCGGCUCCUGUAGCAAUUCCUACACUUGCACCAACGCCAGCGGCAAUCAUUGCACCUGUUCCGGCUGCGCCAAUUGCACCAGCUACAUCAGUAGUAGACGUUCCAAUUACUACUGCGGAAGUCUUAUGUUCUGUUGUUGCUCAGAAAUUGAAGAAACCCAUCAAUGAUGUUUCUAUGGCCUCCAGCAUCAAGGAUUUGGUUAGUGGUAAAUCUACUCUUCAAAAUGAAAUUCUAGGUGAUCUUCAAAAAGAAUUCAACAAUACUGUUCCUGAGAAAGCUGAGGAAGUAUCUUUGCAAGACCUUUCCGUUGCUUUGAACGGCACCUUCUCUGGAGGUUUGGGUAAACAUACUGGAAGCAUGAUAGCUAAAAUGAUCAGUUCUAAAAUGCCUGGUGGUUUUACAUUGAAUACAGCAAAGAAUUAUCUGAGUACUGCUUAUGGCUUAGGUUCUGGUCGUACGGAUGGUGCACUUUUGGUUGCUGUUACUAUGGAACCUCCUGCUCGAUUGGCAUCCGAAGCUGAAGCUAAAUCAUGGUUGGAUACAGUAGCAACAACUUAUGCUGCAAACUCUGGUAUUACCCUCUCUGCAACUAAUGCCGCCCCUGCUCCGGCUACUUCAGCUGUUGUUGCAGCAGCACCUGCAACGUCAAGUCCUGUUAGCGCUGUUAGUGAUAUUCCUGUUACUGCUAGUGAGGUAAUUCAUGCCAUUGUUGCUCAAAAAUUGAAGAAGUCCAUAUCAGAAGUUCCUCUUUCCAAAUCAGUGAAGGAUCUUGUAAGUGGCAAAUCUACUCUUCAAAACGAAAUCAUUGGUGAUAUGCAAAAGGAAUUCAACAACGCUGUUCCUGAAAAGGCUGAAGAAAGCACUUUAGAAGAAUUGGGCUCUGCGUUGAGCAGUGUAUUCAAUGGCAAUCUUGGUAAACAUACUAGCAGUCUCGUUGCUAAGUUAAUUGGCUCUAAGAUGCCUGGCGGAUUUACUUUGAACAAUGCCAAAACGUACCUCAACAUGACCUACGGUUUGGGUAGUGGAAGAACAGAUGCGGCUCUCCUUGUAGGUGUGACAAUGGAACCUACUAACCGUCUUGGUUCUGAAGCUGAUGCUAAGGCCUGGUUGGAUUCAGUGGCUUCUGCAUAUGCCUCCAAGUCGGGCAUCUCUCUCUCAAGCUCAGGUGCAAAUUCCGCGAACGGUCCUGCUGUAACUACUGCUGGUGCUGUUACUAUGAUUAAUAAUGCCGAUCUUGAAGCAUUGAAAGCCAAACAAGAUAGUUUGAUUUAUCAACAGCUUAAUCUAUAUGCCAAAUACCUUCAGUUAGAUCUACGUGAAGGUGCGAAGAAAUACGAAGAAGAGAAGCUAAUCAAUAAAAAAUUACAAGCUGAACUCGACGUAUGGUUAACAGAACACGGUGAUAUUUAUUCAGAAGGUAUCAAACCCUCUUUCUCUCCCUUAAAGGCUCGCCAUUAUGAUUCCUACUGGAAUUGGGCUCGCCAAGAUGCGUUAGAAUUGUGGUACGACUUGGUUUUCGAUAAAUUAGCUGUUGUUGAUCGUGAGGUUACCGCGAAGUGUAUCAGCAUAAUGAAUCGUGCUCACCCCAAAAUGAUCGAUUUUAUUCGUUAUAAAAUCGAAAAUUCAGCUGGUGAUAAGAGCAAGACUUACGACAUUGCUAAAGAUUUCUGUCAAGCUUUGAUUGAACAAUGCGCUGAAGUUUUGCUUGAAAAGCCCCGCUUUAAGGGUGUUGCUACUCCUACUUGCCCAAAGACUACUGUCACCGAGAAGGGUGGUAUUCAAUACACUGAAACUCCCCGUCCUAACGAAGAAAACCUCGCUGAUUAUGUCAAAGAUAUGACUGCAGGCUCAGAAAUCUCUAAAUACUCAAACUAUCAACAAAUCCAACGUAAUCUUGGCCGUAUUUAUGAAAUAAUUCAGAGACAAAAUAAUGCAACUGAAGAUGACAAGAAGCUCAUGGAAAACGCCUAUGGUGAUAUUCUUCGUGCCAUGUCUAUGUCCAGCAAUGUGUUGAAUCAAAAUGCAGCCUUCAGCGCUGAAAACCAAGCUGAGAAUUUGAAGGAAACCAUUCCAUUCUUGCACCUCAAGAGAAAGAGUCUUACAGUUCCUGGCAAUGGAUGGGAGUUCAGCAAGAAGCUUACCUCUGUUUAUCUUGAUGCAUUGAGAGAGAUGUCUGGAAAGGGCAUUACCUUCUCAGAUAAAUUUGUACUGUUAACUGGUGCAGGAAGAGACUCUAUUGGUUCUGAAGUUUUGAAAGGUCUCCUUUCUGGUGGUGCCAAGGUUAUUGUCACCACUUCUCGUUUUAGUCUUCAAGUGACUCAAUAUUUCCAAGAUAUUUACAAGACCUUUGGUGCUAAGGGUUCAAAACUCGUUUUAGUUCCUUUCAAUCAGGGCGCUAAGAAGGAUGUAGAUGCCUUGGUAGAAUAUAUUUAUAGUCCCAAUGGUCUUAACUGGGAUCUCGAUUAUGUCAUUCCCUUCGCAGCCAUUUCAGAAAACGGCCGCGAAUUGGACAGUAUUGACUCUAAAUCUGAACUUGCUCAUCGUAUUAUGCUGACCAACCUUCUGCGUAUUUUGGGUAAUAUUAAGACUCACAAGCAAAAGAAUGGAUAUACCGCACGACCCGCUCAAGUGAUAUUACCAUUAUCUCCCAACCAUGGAACAUUCGGUGGUGACGGUCUCUAUGGUGAAUCUAAGAUCUCCUUGGAGACACUUUUCGAACGCUGGUAUUCUGAAAGUUGGGCGAACUAUCUCUGUAUCACUGGUGCAGUUAUCGGCUGGACCAGAGGUACUGGUUUGAUGAAUGCCAGUAAUAUUGUUGCCGAAGGUGUUGAGAAACUUGGUGUCAGAACUUUCUCUACUGUAGAAAUGGCCUUUAAUAUUCUUGGCUUGAUGCAUCCCACAAUUACGAAAAUUUGUCAAAGCGAGCCAGUCUAUGCUGAUCUCAAUGGUGGUCUUCAGUUCAUCCCCAAUCUCAAAGAAGUAACCAACAAGCUUCGUGCUGAGAUACGCGAGACUGCUGAGAUCCGUAAGUCCAUUGAUGCUGAAAAUUCUCUUGAUUAUAAGACGAUCUUUGGUGAAGACGCAGAACGUAAAUAUUUACCGCGUACUGUUGCUCCCCGUUCCAACAUGAAAUUUGCUUUUCCCAGGUUGAAGCCAUAUGAUGAUAUGAAGCACGUCAAUUACCUGAAGGGUAUGCUGGAUCUUGAUAAGGUCAUUGUUGUUGCAGGUUUUGGUGAAGUCUCACCUUGGGGUAAUGCUAGAACUCGAUGGGAGAUGGAGGCUUACGGUAAAUUCUCUCUCGAAGGUUGUAUUGAGCUUGCAUGGAUGAUGGGUUAUAUAAAACAUUCAAAUGUUCGAUUGAAGAAUGGCAAGGAAUAUACUGGUUGGGUUGACACUGCUACAGGUGAACCUGUUGAGGAUAAAGAUAUAAAGGCUAAGUAUGAGAAGAAGAUUUUGGAGCAUACUGGUGUUCGUCUCAUCGAAUCCGAAAUUAUGGAUGGCUAUGAUCCCAAUAAGAAAAUGCUAUUGCAGGAAGUUGUUGUUGAUCACGAUCUUGAGCCUUUUGAAUGUUCCGCAGAAGAGGCUGAACAUUUCAAACAUCAACAAGGUGAUAAGGCUGACAUUUACGAAUCCGGAAAUGGCAGUUGGUUUGUUCGCAUUCAUAAGGGUGCUACUUUAUUUAUUCCCAAGGCACUUCGUUUCGAUCGACUUGUUGCUGGUCAAAUUCCUACUGGUUGGAAUGCGGCUCGCUACGGUGUUCCCAAGGAUAUUAUUGAUCAAGUUGAUCCUGUCACUGUUUAUAAUAUUGUUUCAACUGUUGAAGCUUUUGUCUCAGCCGGUAUAACCGAUCCCUAUGAAUUCUUCAAGUAUAUUCAUGUUUCUGAAAUGGGUAAUACCAUUGGUUCUGGCGUGGGUGGCCAAUCUUCAAUUAGGGGUUUCUAUCGUGAUCGUUUCUUGGACAGGCCAGUUCAAAGUGACAUUCUCCAAGAAUCUCAAAUCAACACUAUGCCCGCUUGGAUCAACAUGUUGUUAAUUUCAUCGUCUGGCCCUAUCAAGACACCUGUUAAUGCCUGUGCUACUGCUGCUGUCUCAGUUGAAAUGGCAUGUGAAUCUCUUUUGGCUGGAAAGGCCAAAAUCAUGGUUGCUGGUUCAUCUGAAGAAACCACUGAAGAAUCCAGUUAUGAAUUUGCCAAUAUGAAGGCCACCUCUAAUGCCGUUGAUGAAAUUGCUAGGGGUCGUGAUCCUUCGGAAAUUUCCCGUCCAACCACCUCAACUAGGAAUGGUUUUACUGAAUCCCAUGGUUCCGGUACUCUUAUCUUGAUGACAGCCACAACUGCUUUUGAAAUUGGUUGUCCUAUUUACGGUAUCAUUGCUUCUAGCAGUACAGCGACAGAUAAAGAAGGCCGUUCUGUUCCAGCUCCCGGUGCUGGUAUUUUGACAACUGCUCGUGAAAGCAAGUCUACUGGUGCCUCACAUAUGCUCAAUUUUAAUUACCGUGCCAAGCAAAUCAACCGUCGACGUGCUCAAAUCAAGGCCUGGGUUGAAUGUGAAUAUGAGGACCUGAGAGAGGAAUUGCAAGAACUCAAGGAUGCAGGCGAGAUAGCCGAAGAAAACAUUAAAGCAUGGCUUGAAGAGCGCACUGAACUUAUUCACAAGCAAGCCAAACGUCAAGAAAAGGAAGCAUUAGCUACUUUCCAACACCAAUUUUAUCAAAAUGAUUCAAGCAUCUCUCCUUUACGUGGUGCACUUGCUGUUUUUGGCCUCACAAUUGACGAUGUUGGCGUUGUCUCUUUCCAUGGUACUUCCACCAAGGCAAAUGAUAAGAAUGAAACGCGUGUCAUUAAUACCCAAAUGAAGCAUCUCGGUCGUACUGAAGGUAAUGCUCUCUUAGCUAUUUGUCAAAAGUAUCUUACUGGUCAUCCCAAGGGCCCUGCUGCUGCUUGGAUGGCGAAUGGUAUGAUGCAAUGCUUAAAUAGCGGUAUUGUUCCCGGAAAUCGUAACGCUGAUAAUAUCGAUGCACUACUUGAAGACAAUGACUAUAUUGUUUAUCCCUGUCAUACAAUUCAAACUGAUGGUUUGAAGGCCGGUCUUCUAAAGUCUUUCGGUUUCGGUCAAGCAGGUGGUGAAAUCUUGAUUCUUCAUCCUGACUAUGUUCUCGGUGCUCUUGAUGAAAACCAAUACAAUGAGUAUAAGGCCAAGAAUAACCAGCGUAAUGCCAAGGCUUACCGCUAUUUUCAUGAUACUCUCACUGGUGUUCAUGACUUUGUUCAAUUGAAGAAUGAACCUCCAUAUUCCGAGGAUUUAGAAUACACAGUUUACCUAAACCCUAAUGCUCGCACGGAAUACUCUAAAGAAAAGAAAUCAUGGCACUUUACUGAGAGCUCUGCUUCUCAGCCUGCUCCUACUUUUGGUGAAGUUGGAGCAACAGAAAAUAUUCUUGCUUCUCUUACAGAACAACAAGCUGGAAAAAAGGGUAUGGGUGUUGACGUUGAACUCACCAGUGCUAUCAACGUUGAUAAUACUACCUUCAUUGAACGUAAUUUCACACCUACUGAAAUUGCUUAUUGCCAAAGCCGUCCCGAUCCCCAAGCAAGUUUUAGUGGACGUUGGUCUGCUAAAGAAGCAAUCUUUAAGGCUAUUUCUUCUUACGGCAAGAUACCAUCCUCGGGUGCUGGUGCUCCUUUGUUGGACAUUGAGGUUGCUAAUGAUAGUGUAGGCGCGCCACAAGUUAAUUUGCAUGGUAAACUUAAAGCAGCAGCAGUCUCCGCAGGUAUAAAAAGCAUAAGUGUUUCUAUUAGUCAUAGUGGGGCUUAUAGCGUUGCUGUUGCCAUGGCUCAAUAA